GUCCUCUUUCCACAGAUGAAACACCCAGAAAAAAUAACAGAGGAAAAUCUAACUGCAUUGAUGGAAUUUAUUCUCCUGGACUUUGCUGAAGUUCCCCAUCUCCAGGGGUUUCUAUUUGGAUUAUUCUUAAUCAUCUAUAUCAUUAUCUUGAUAAGCAAUGGCACCAUAUUUCUAAUAACAAAACUGGACCCUGCUCUCCAGUCUCCCAUGUAUUUUUUUCUAGGCAAUUUUUCCUUUUUGGAAAUCUGCUAUGUAUCCGUUACGCUCCCUAGAAUGCUCACCAAUCUUUGGACCCAGAGAAGAGCAAUAUCUUUUGUUGCCUGUGCUACACAGAUGUGCUGGAUUCUUAUGCUGGGAACCACCGAGUGUUUCCUUCUGGCUGUAAUGGCCUAUGACCGUUAUGUGGCCAUUUGUAACCCUCUGCACUACCCCCUAGUUAUGAACCACAAGGUCUGUGUCCAGCUGGUAGCUGGCUCCUGGGUCAGUGGAGUUCCAGUCCAAAUAGGGCAGACAUUCCAGAUAUUCUCUCUGCCCUUUUGUGGUUCUAACCUCAUCAACCACUUCUUCUGUGACAUCCCCCCAGUACUCAAGUUGACCUGUGGGAAUACCUCUGUAAAUGAAAUGAUCGUCUACAUAGUUUUUCUGUUGUUUGUCAUGGUUCCAUUUCUACUGAUUCUUCUCUCCUACGGCAAAAUCAUCUCUACGAUUCUCAAAUUGCCAUCCACCAGAGGUCAGGCCAAAGCCUUCUCCACCUGCUCAUCUCACCUUAUAGUUGUGGCACUCUUCUUUGGAUCAGGUAUUAUCACAUAUUUAAGACCCAAGACUCAAGACUCAGCAGGAACCGACAAAGUGCUUUCUCUUUUCUACACUAUCAUAAUUCCCUUAUUUAACCCCAUGAUAUACAGUCUAAGGAACAAGGAUGUCAUAAUGGCACUGCAAAAACUUCUAUGGAAAUAA